AUGCCAAAAGUAGGCAUCAAACAAAUGGGCUCGUGGAUUUCAGCUUUUAUUGACAGGAUUGUCGGUCCAAAGCGAUCCGCAUACCCGGAACACCUGACGAAGGAAAGGGUAGCUGUGGACAGCACCUUUGAUCUGGACGAUACUCCAGUAACGGUAGCGGAGCAAUCGGUUACACCCGAAGUCCAACGAUCCGGUUGGAGUAAACAGAUUGAAUUCGCCCUUUCUUGUAUUGGCUACUCGGUUGGUUUGGGUAAUCUGUGGCGAUUUCCCUAUCUUUGUAUGAAAUACGGUGGAGGAGCGUUUCUUAUCCCCUAUUUCAUUUACUUGGUCGCAUGUGGAAUGUCGCUGUUCUUCAUGGAAACGGCUAUUGGUCAGUCUACGGGGCUCAGCACUAUUCGUAUUUUCAAUAUGAUACCACUUUUUCAAGGUCUCGGAUGGGCCAUGGUUUUCGCUUCGGGCAUUCUCAGCAUCUAUUAUAACAUCAUAAUCGCGUGGGUGUUGUAUUUUAUGGGAAUGUCGUUUCAUUGGAAUCUGCCGUGGUCAAACUGUGAGAAUCUGUGGAACACGGCCCAAUGUUUCACGUACAGUGAAAACUUGAACAUGACCCAAAUGGCGGACAAUUUCUCACUGAAAUGGAACACAUCAGCGGAAGUUCGACGAAGUGCGGCGGAAGAAUUUUGGCUGUUCAAUGUUCUGGAAAUCAGUGAAAAUAUCAAUGUGAUUGGGGGCAUAAAUUGGAAAUUGCUGGUCUCGUUGACUGCCGCUUGGAUUCUGACUUUUGUUUGCAUGUGCAAAGGCAUUCGUUCUAGUGGAAAGGUUGUGUACGUUACGGCCACAAUGCCGUAUAUUUUUCUCACAGUAAUUCUCAUUCGUGGAUGUACACUACCCGGGGCCUGGGAAGGACUCAAGUUCUACAUACUCCCUGACUGGAAUCGCUUGGCUGAUAUUGAGGUCUGGAUUGCCGCGGCAACACAAAUAUUUUACUCCCUGGGACCUGCUUGGGGUGGCCUGAUCACCUUUGCUUCGUACAACAAAUAUCACCAUAAUGUUCAACGGGAUGCAAUUAUUUUACCAGCUAUUUGUGGCCUGACCAGCUUUUACGGUGGAUUUGCCAUUUUCUCGGUGCUCGGUCACUUGAUGUAUAUAACCGGUCAAAGUGACAACACACAGCUAAUCCGUCAAGGCCCGGGUCUGGCUUUUGUCGCCUAUCCCCAGGCCUUGUGCACGUUACCAGGCUCACCCGUUUGGAGUGUCCUCUUCUUUCUGAUGCUGCUCACACUUGGAAUGGAUAGCCAGUUUGCCACUUUGGAAGCCGUGACCACGGGACUGACCGAUCAAUUUCCACACUUAUUCCGUCGCAAACAUGUUUGGUUAACUCUAGCCGUCUGCGUUAUGGAAUAUCUUUUGGGACUGAUUCUGACAACCCGAGCAGGAUUUUACUACUUUGAGCUGCUGGACAACUACGCGACUGCUUUCAGUGUGGUGGUGAUAGGGUUCAUAGAAACUAUUGUGAUCGCUUAUUUCUACGGUGCCAAACGUCUGCUUGACGACAUCGAAUGGAUGCUGGGUCCGAUGCAUCGACUGACCCGAAUCUGGUGGAUACUAGCCUGGUGCUUGCUCGUGCCACUGAUGAUUCUGGUGAUUAUCGUGUCAACAUUUGUCUCGCAUGUAGAACAGGCCGAGGCAAAACAGAAACAAUUUCCUGUUUGGGCGAUAGCUGUUGGAUGGGUGAUUGCAUGCUUAUCAUUCGUGGAAAUUCCCAUCAUGGCUGUGGUGGCCAUAGUCCGACACGGUUGGGACUGGAAAAAGCUACUUUUAUCGAGUUCUGAAUGGCGAAUCGUUGUGGAAAAGCGCUACGAGGAAUGUGCAAAGCAAGGUGCCGCAUGA